AUGCCCCCCCUCGGCUGCCUCCGGCCGCGGCUUGGUGCCAGGCCGCUGCGGCAACACACACGUGAGCUGGUUGAUGCCAGCCAUGCGGUGCUCACUGCGAGGCAGGGAUUUCUCCAGAUCCACCGCCUGCCUACGUCCUCGAAGACCGAUCCCCAGGCGAUGGGCAUGGACGAAUCCCUGCCUCGGACGCAUGUCGAUGCGUCAGGCGCAUCCUUGGCCCAGUCCUCAAAGCCUCACAGACGCCAGCAGGCCGCUCACAUGUUCCACCGGCGCCAGGGGCGAGAACAGACAUACCUUGUUGGGCAGGGCCGCCAGGCUGGCCGCAGCCCGGCACCGGGUUGCCGCCGGCCGCGGGCCCGAGGUCGCGACGCGGCCACGCCAAAGGACGCGCCCACGUCCACAUCGGGGGCGGCAAAGAGGGGGGCGUCCACCCUGAAUUGCAAGCGGGCUACAAGCGGCAAAGACCUGGGCAGAGUGGGCUCCACACUCUGA